AUGUUGAGUCCCAAGAGGCUUGUUGAGAAGGCAAAGAAGGGUCUCCCCUUGAUGAGAUCAAAUAGUCGAUCGAGUUCUUGCGAUUUCAACAACAUAUUGGUCGCUGACAAAGGCCAUUUUGUGGUGUACACUAUGGACGAUGCAAGAUUCGUUGUGCCAUUGUCAUUUCUCAAGAGCUGUAUUUUUCAAGAGCUCCUCAAGGUUUCAGCGGAGGAGUUCGGAUUACCCGGAGAGGGGCCAAUCACCCUGGCCUGCAGUGGAGUUUUCCUGGAGUAUGUAGUCUCCUUGCUCAAGAGAAGCUUGUCUAGAGAUGUGGAGUUGGCUUUGCUUGUCUCUAUCGAUGCAAACCGGUGCUCCGAUUCCUCGUUGGUUGGCCUUGGUUGUGACCAACAACGAGUAGUAGUAUGA